AUGGUGGUGGCAGUGUUGUUCAAGUACUUUCUUACAAGCCGCCGACCUAAAGAUUUUCCACCCGGUCCGCCGACUGUGCCAUUCAUUGGAAAUAUCACCCAAGUGCCUCGUGUCAAGGCCUUCCUCGAGUUCCAACGAAUGCAGGCCGAGUAUGGCUCAAUCAUUGGCUUGAAAAUCGGCUCUCAAAAUUUUGUCGUCUUGAAUAGCUACAAGCAUGUCAAGGCUCUUUUCGAUCAGAGGGGCUCAAUCUACUCCAGCCGGCCCAAUACCUAUAUUGCCAAUGAGGUGGUGUGCCCAAACGAGAUACAUCUCCUUCUUUUGCCGUACGGCGCGGAGUGGCGGAAGCAACGGAGGAUCUUGCAAUCUCUCCUGAACGUGAAUGUGGUAGACAAGCUACUUCCCCUCCAGGAAGCUGAAGCCACACAGACCAUGUUCCAGCUCAUCCAGGACCCUCAAGGCUACUAUGACCACAUCCGUCGAUACACCACUGCCGUCAUUCUUGCCUCUGUGUACGGCCAGCGCGGGGCUCGGUUUGAUUCGCCCAACGUCCAGGCGCUAUACCAUGCCCAAGAUCAAUUCACCGCCAUCCUCGAGCAGGGGGCCUCUCCGCCGGUUGAUGCGUUCCCGUUCCUGAAGAGGUUGCCCGAAAUCCUGGCGCCCUGGAAAACCAAGGCGAAGGCCGUACGCGAGGAGCAGAAAAGUCUCUAUCUCAAGCUCGUACAAGAGACCAGAACACGGCUGGAGGCUGGAAAGGGCGGUGAUUGCUUCCUACGUACGAUGCUACAAGACCAAGAGAAAAACGACAUGGACGACGAACACCUUGCGUACUUGGCCGGAAACUUGAUGGAAGCUGGCUCGGACACCACUGCGUCUACUCUGCUCUCUUUUCUUUUGGCCAUGAUCAAAUAUCCGGAAGAAUAUAAGAAGGCUCAAAACGAGGUCGAUAAAGUCAGUGGAUCAUUAAGGUCCCCGACGUCGGAAGAUAUCAGUUCUCUGCCUUUCAUCAAGGCAUGCAUGGACGAAACACUCAGGUGGCGUCCUGUGGCUCCUGGUGGUGUCCCGCACGCCCUGACCCGUGAUGAUACCUACGAUGGAUAUGUCUUACCUAAAGGUACUGUCGUCGUUGCUAACACAUGGGCCAUUCACAACGACGAGACUCAAUACGAACGACCUGGUGACUUCAUGCCCGAUCGUUUCUUGGAAAACGAAUACGGAACUCGAGUGGCUGUCGAUACAACCAUGGAUGACCAUCGGCGAACCUCGUAUGCUUUUGGUGCAGGGAGAAGGGCGUGUCCGGGCCAUCGUCUAGCCAAGAACUCCUUGAUGUUAAAUAUGGCCAAGAUAGCUUGGGCCUUUGAUCUCUCACCAGGCCCUGGGCCUGUUGAUGAUGAUAUUGAGACGGCUUACCACGAUGGGUUUCUAAUUGCGCCUAAAAAGUUCCCCAUCCUGAUAACACCACGUUCUGAAAGACGUAAGAAUGUCAUUGAGAAUGAAUACCGUUCCAUCGAAUCAUUUUGGGAGAAAUACGAGGACUAG